ACAUUAAUUCAACAAACUGACAUUAGCCAGCUGUGCUUACGGUGGUUAGAUUCGAUUCGAUUUUCAUUUUAUUUUUAUUAAUUUUUAACAUAGUGACUUAGUUUUUUAUUUUUGCAAAACGAAGUUCAUGUAAAAUAAUUACAAUGUUGUGUUAUUACAAACGUUUUAUUCUUGUGUUUAUAAUAUGUCACAUAACUGUCGCGUUCGGUCACGAUCAUCUGCUGGAAGGUAUUUACUGCGGUAAAGAAAAUUGCUACGAAGUUUUAGGCGUGACAAGAGAGGCUACUAAGAAUGAAAUCGGUAAGAGCUAUAGACAAUUGGCCCGAAAGGUCCAUCCAGACUUGCAUCGAGGCGAGGAAGCGAAAAAAGAAGCUGAAGAAAAAUUCAAGCAAAUCGCGACUGCUUAUGAGAUCUUACGAGAUGACGAGGCCCGAUCCGACUAUGAUUACAUGUUGGACAAUCCACAAGAAUACUAUGCUCACUACUACAGAUAUUACAGGCGGCGGAUGGCACCUAAAGUCGAUGUAAGGAUCGUCCUCGCAGUUACUAUCACAAUAAUUUCUAUAAUACAGUACUAUAGUGCUUGGUCCAAAUAUGAUACAGCCAUCAAAUAUUUCAUGACUGUACCCAAAUAUAGAAACCGAGCGAUGGAUAUGGCCAAAACAGAAAUCAAAGAUUCUCAAGGCAAAGGUAGAAACAAGAAAACUAAAGCAGAACAAAAAGAGGAACAAGACAGGAUUAUAAGAAGAGUUAUAGAAGAAAAUAUGGAUAUCAAAGGUGCAUAUGCAAAACCAGAGAUUAAAGAUAUUUUAUGGAUACAGUUAAUAUUAUUGCCAUACACAGUGUCUUAUUAUAUUUACUGGUAUUUAAGAUGGUUAUGGAAUUUCACAAUUUUAAAAAAGCCAUAUGGUGAUGAAGAGAAAUUGUAUUUAAUUAGGAAAAAUAUGCAGCUUGGACAACAUCAAUUUGAUGCCUUAGAAGAUGAUGAAAAACAAUCAUUCCUCGAUGAGGAACUAUGGAUAAAAGAGAACUUUGUAAUUUGGAAAGAAAUUAAAGAUGUAGAAGCUAAGAAAGCGCUGGCAGAAAAUAAUAAAUAUAAGCAGUAUAGAAGGUACAUAAAGAGUCAUGGUGUUGGGCGUAUGACAUUUGAUGACUCGUGAUAACUUUAAAACUUAUAUAUAAUUAAAUGCAUUUAUUUAUUUUAGAAUGAGUUGUGAAGGUCAACAUUUAUCAUAAUAUCUUUAGAUUUAUUAAUUGGGCUAUUAUGAGAACAUUUAAUAUAUAAUUUUAUUACUGUUAGACUAUUUAUUGUUACAAGAGAUAAUUUUACCCAGUGAACUAGAAAGUAGAAACCCUGCAAAUAAAAACUGUAUUUAUUUUCAUAAGAAAUGUAAUGUUUAUUCCACACAUUUUUAUGUUGCGAAAACCCUGAAAUCAAUAAUGUUAUUAUUAUCUAGUGUCAAAAGAUCAGCGACAAAAUGCGACAUGACAAACAAUAAAAGCAAAAGUUCUGAUAGUAUUUUAUCCGUGGUUCUAGAGAACAGUUAAACCAUAACUUUCUCAUUUAUUCAGUUAGUGACACUUAAAAAAGGGAUUCUAUUUAAACAAUGUAUCUGAAACAUAUUUCUAAUAACGAAAAUCCACAAAGCAUAUAUCAAUGUAGCUCAAGUCGGAGUUGAGGCAAUGUUGCAAGUUAUUUACUACAAGUUAUUUAAUUCGUCAUGUUAAAGCUACGUCGCAAAUUGUCGCUCGUCUAAGCUUUGCCCUAUGGAUUAUUUUUGCCAACUGUAUCGACAGAACUAAUAUUUCUAUAGACUAUCUAAUCAACUGUUUGCAGAACAAUUUAAUGGUACAUAUUAGCUAUUCCAGUUAUAGUAAAUCAACCAAAGACAAUAGACGAAACCAUAAUUUGGGUAAAUAAAGCAAUAUGUACACAA